AUGGCGAUUAUUGCUGCGACCAUAAUGUCUGACAACCCUGGUGGGCAAAAGGACCCCAAUUGCAAGAAAACAGGGUUUCGAGGACCUUUCGACAUGAACAAAGAACGUGCCAUUGAAGCUGCCCGCAAAUUUUAUGCGGCAGAUUCGAAGCUGACCACCGAGCAACGCAAGGAAAUGUCCCAGAGUUUGUGGAGAUCUUGGGCUAUUCGGCCUAUCGGCGGCCUUGCGUUUGCAAUUGCUGGUAUGGCCGCUCCAAACUGGUUGAAGCGGACAGGCAGAAUGAACCCCAAACGCAAAACUGGGCCCCUACAGUUCUUCUUGGGUCUUGGUGGGCUGUUCUUUGGCCAAGGCGUCACAGCUGCUGUGGGGUACAACUAUUACUACCAGAAGUUUGCCCGCAAAAACCCCAAUCAGGCCAUUGCCUGGGGCAUGAUGGGCUUUGUCCCCUCACGUCUUCCUGCCCGUUACUAUGAACUCACAUCGCGGGAUCCUCGGUACAUUAUGAAGGAUCCAGACACCAUUGAUUGGAAUACUGAAGUGAUGUUCCCGCUCAACUUGGUUGCCCAUCGCGAUAACCAGAGUAAUAUCCAUGUACUGGGUGACAGAAGAGCUGGCGAGAUCCGGCCUGCGUCAUCGACAUACGGCCAACUACCUACCGAGCCAGGGCAAACUACUGAGCGGGAUGGGUUCCUAUCGCAGCCUCCUCAGCCUCCUCAGCCUCCUCAGUCUCAGCAAGCUCAGAGGACCUCGAAACCGGGAUCAUCGUGGGAUUGCGUUCGUGGCGGCAGCAGCCUUCAGCCCUCCCCGCCCGCGGAUCAAGGCUGGUUACCCCCACCUUUGCCUGAUGUACCCCAGCAGGAGUUUACAGGGCUUCAAAGUGAAAAGCCCAAGAACGAACUUGAAGAGGAACAAGCCAAAUUCGACGAAAUGGUUGAAAAAGCUCGGAAAGGUGCCGGUGUAGGUGAUGAUUUCACCGAAACUGAGAAGAAGUGGCGAUAA